AGUGUCGCAGUGUGCAACACUGCUGGUGUCAAGAGUGACAAGUAAAAGCUGGCGUGUGUGAGGUUUUACAUGUGUAUGUAAUUAUUCGCAAGAAUCGAGGUUCAUAAAAGAUAGAAAACUUGAUAAAUUUCACUUGUCACUUAAAACUACUUUGCACUUUGCCAAAAUGGAACCUGUAGCACACCUUAUUAAAGUUUCAAUUCCCAACUACUUGUCAGGAUUACCGAUUCCUGACUCGAUAGGAGGAUGGUUUAGACUUGGAGUCAGAGAUUGGCUGAGUUUAAUUCCACCAAGUGCUAUGUUAGCCGGGCUAGGCUACAUGUCUUACAGAGCAUUUUGUCCUCUAGCUAGACCAUUUUCCAUGGGUAUUUUACCUGUUUUCUACGUAAAAUACUUCACUCAUGCAUUUUACGUCAAAAACCUCCAGUUGCGCGUAACUUCACAUUCCUGA